AUGCAGCCACCACUUGUUAUAAAGCAGGGCACAACAUCAGGACAAGUCAACAUGCAAUCUGGGAUGAUGACUGUACCUAUGACAGUUAACUCGAGCAUUUCGAAUACAAUUCCCAAUGUUAUGACUAUUAAUAAACCAGGAGGGCAAAAUGUAGUAGUGACAACACAGAAUGUGGGAUCAGGACAACAAUCCAUUAUUCCAAAUGUUCAGAUAAUCAAUACACGACCUGGAGCUCCAUCUGUUUCUGCUCAAAAGUCAGUUGCAACAGUCUCCCCGCGAGUUGUCAUUGGAACUCCACAAGUGGUGGGGGCGAGAGCUGCUGUUCCUGGUAUAACGCUGCAAACACUUCAAAGUCUACAACAGGGGCAGCAGGGUCAUUUGUUGUUAAAGACAGAGAGUGGUCAAUACCAGCUGUUGAGGGUGGGUCCGGCACCAGCUGGCAGCACCCUCACAGCACCUCAGCCGCAGACCCUCCGGCUGUCAACCGUGCCGGCACACCCUGGCGUGGUGACGGCGUCGACGAGCGUCGCGGUGCCACAGAUGGCAGCGCAGCUCCCUGCGUCCGCUCCCUCCGCCCAGGCCACGUCCGCCCACUCCGCAGCACAAAGCGCUCCGCCCUCCUCGACUCCGCAGGCCCCCGUCGUCACCACUCAGAAACCCUUGGACAACACAAAGGAGAAGUGCCGAAACUUUCUGGCGAACCUGUUGGAUCUUUCGAGUAAGGAGCCCAAGUCGGUGGAGAGGAACGUGAGAAACCUCAUACAGGAGCUCAUCGACGCUCAGGUGGAACCCGAGGAGUUCUGCGAUCGACUGGAGAGGCUCUUGAAUGCCAGUCCGCAGCCGUGCCUCAUAGGCUUCUUAAAGAAAAGCUUGCCCCUGCUGCGCCAGUCCAUGUGCACCAAGGAGCUGGUGAUCGAGGGUAUCAAUCCCCCCUCCCCGCAGGUAGCCUUCGCCCCGCCGGCUCAGGCGCAGCCCGCGCUCGCCGCCAACGUGCAAAUGCAAAAAGCGACGGCCAAACCCGGGGGCUCCAUAGCGGUCUUGCAGAACAUCCCACUCCACACCAAGAUCAACGUGACGAAAGUCGGCAAAACGAUGACGGUGAACAGCAAAGCGAACUUCGCGAGGCCCGGGAAUCCCUCGGCGGCCCUCUCCACCGUCCUCACGCCGGGCAAGUCUCUGCUCAAGGACAAGGAGAGGAAGUCCACUCUGCAGUUCACUCAGCCCUUCGGCGACGACAAGAUGACCGGGGACGACGACAUCAACGACGUGGCGGCCAUGGGAGGCGUCAACCUGGCCGAGGAGACACAGAGGAUUCUGGGCUCGACGGAACUCAUCGGCACUCAGAUAAGGUCAAUAAAAGACGAGUACUUGGUGCCGAUGGGCAUAAUGCAGAACCGGGUGAAGGCCGUCAUCGGAAAGCACGGCCUGGAAGACGCGUCGGCCGAGGUGAGCAGCCUCGUGUGUCACGCCGUGCACGAGAGGCUCAAGAACCUGCUGGAGAAGCUGGCCGUCGUCGCCCAGCAGAGGAGCGAUCUCUUGAUCAAGACCGACUCCUGCUACGACGUCACCCAGGACGUGAAGGGUCAGCUGAAGUUCCUGGAGGAGCUGGACCGCGUGGACCGGAAGAGAAGGGAGGAUUCCGAGAGAGAGAUCCUUCUCAGGGCCGCCAAGUCGCGCUCCAAGAACGAGGAUCCGGAACAGGCCAAGCUGAAGGCCAAGGCGAAGGAGAUGCAGCGAGCCGAGCUGGAAGAGCUGCGGCAACGAGAGGCCAACCUGACCGCUCUGCAGGCCAUCGGGCCCAGGAAGAAGGCCAGGCUCGACGGACCGGCGGACGGCGGAGUCAGCGCUCCGGGGAACAACUCUUUCCCGGGUCGCAGUCAACUGGCCCUGAGGACUCGCCUGAAGCGCAUCAACCUGCGGGACAUGAUCUUCCUUCUGGAGCAAGAGCGAGACACGGCCUACACCACUCUUCUGUUCCGGAGCUACCUGAGAUAA